AUGUAUAAAUCAAAUAUUCCUUAGAUAUUCAGGGAAUCAAACAAUUAUUAACUUUAGCUUUAAGAUGAUAUAUCUAUUUCAAAAUUUGAUUCUUAUGAUCCAGAAUCUCAGUUAAAAGAAAUUAGUAAAGUUUAUGACAAAAAUGAAGAAUCUGAGAAAGUUUAAUUGUCAACUCAAUAUUAAAUAUUUGAAAAUGAAAAAGAGGGAAUUAAGAACUAAAAUUAAUGCCAAAAUCUAGUCUAUCCAAACCCAUUAGAACAGAUAAGAAUUCCAUUUGAUAAAAUUUAGUUCAUUUUAUAGCCAAUUAAAAACGAGGGUAUUCUACAAUGCCAAAUUCGUAAAAUUAGAAUGUAAUCUUCAAAGUAAAAUAAAAAAUAUGAAUUAACAAUUUUUGAUUUACCAAUUUUGAUUGCUGAAAUAAAUGAUCUAAAAUAAAAUAGGAAAAUUAUAAUUAAGUAAUCAGGUUUGAAUUAUUUUGCUGGAAAAUUGAAAUGGGAUAAAUAUGGUUAAAAUUUUAUAUUUCUGGAUAACAAAAUAAGUCCAAAAAAAUGUUCAACAGUUAGUAUGUAAAGAUUAUGUAUUGGAGGAGCUAAUUAUUAAAAAACUGGAAUGAAGAAACCUCAUAAAAUUAGAGUAAUUUAAUUAUUAAAAUUAGGUAUACUUACCUGAAUUAAACUCAGAUAAUUAGAUGUUUGAAUUAAGAUUAGAAAAGUAUAAAUACUUUGAGAGUAAACCAAAACAUUUUUAAGAAUUUUAGAAUAGAGAAGCAGAAUAUAGUACAGAAGCAAAGACAUUCGUUUUACCAUUUUACAAUAGAGCUUUGAUAGCUUCAUCUAAGAAUUUAUAAUUGUGUCAAUCAGAUAAUAAUAAAGUUUUUUUUCUUUUAGGAAAAAUUGAAAAAGGCUUAUACAAUCUCGAUUUCUAAUGGCCAAUCUUACCUUUGUAGGCCUUUUAGAUAGCAAUGUCAUGUUUCGUAACUAGAGCUACUGAUUGA